AUGAAUUAUCUGCGUCGUCGUCUCUCGGACAGCACGUUCAUCUCCAACCUGCCCAAUGGCUACAUGACAGAUCUCCAGAGGCCUGACCCUGCUGAGCCUCCUGCACCUGCUUCCAGCACCCCUGCCAAGUCUCCCACAGCUGGGUCCACACCUCCAGCCACUUCCCCUGCACCGGAGAGGAAACCCCAGCCUUCUCAUUCCACCAGCGUUGGCUUCUUUAGUUCCAUCACCAACGUGGUGAAGCAGACAGCUGCCUCAGCAGGGCUGGUGGAGCAGAGUCAAGUCACGACACCCAAGAAGUUUAAGAUCCUCCUGGUCAUCGACGGACCGCAACAGGAGUGGGCGAAAUUAUUCCGAGGAAAGAAAAUCUACGGGGAUUAUGACAUCAAAGUGGAGCAGGCUGAAUUCAGUGAGAUCAAUGUCGUGGCUCAUGCCAAUGGGACCUGCAACGUUAACAUGCAGGUUCUGAGGAACGGCACCAGGGUCGUCAGGUCAUUCAAGCCAGACUUCGUCCUCAUCCGUCAACACGCCUUCAGCAUGACCCAGAACGAAGACUUCCGCAACAUGAUCAUUGGUCUGCAGUACGGAGCAGUCGCAUGCACCAACUCCCUCGAGUCAAUCUACAACAUGUGUGACAAGCCCUGGGUGUUUGCUCAACUUAUAAACACCUACAGGAAACUGGGCGCUGAGAAGUUCCCUCUCAUUGAGCAGACGUUUUACCCAAACUACAAAGAGAUGGUGAGCAUGCCUUCAUUCCCUGUUGUUGUGAAGAUUGGACACGCCCACUCUGGUAUUGGAAAGGUGAAGGCAGACAAUCACAGUAAGUUCCAGGACAUAGCCAGUGUCGUGGCUCUCACCCAGACGUACACCACCACAGAACCCCUCAUCGACUCCAAGUACGACAUCCGAAUCCAGAAGAUUGGCAACGACUACAAAGCCUACAUGAGAACAUCAAUUUCUGGCAACUGGAAGACCAACACGGGCUCGGCUAUGCUUGAGCAGGUGGCCAUGACUGACAGGUACAAGCUGUGGGUCAACACCUGCUCAGAGAUUUUUGGGGGCCUGGAUAUUUGUGCGGUUAAAGCCAUCCACGGAAAAGACGGCAAAGAUUAUAUCACAGAGGUGACGGGCUCCUCCAUGCCCCUGGUGGGCGAGCACCAGGCUGAGGACAGGCAGCUCAUUGCCGACCUGGUGCUAGCUAGAAUGGAGCAGCUGGCAGAAAAGGAAGCUAAUGCUCCAGAGAGACCCACCACCAUCCAGCCUUCCCAGGGAGCCGGCCAGAAGGGAGAGCUGGUCGGUGAUCCCACUAAGAACGGUGCCGUCCAACCACCUCAAAGUUGUCUGCAGUACAUUCUCGACUGUAAUGGCGUUGCAGUGGGUCCAAAACCAGUCCAGGCCAACUGA